AUGAACGAAGCUGACACUGUGGAGAAACUUCGUGAAAUGGCAAAAAUCGCUAGUAUUUAUCAUAGGAACAGAACGAAAUUGGUACGAAAUAGAAAUCUUUCUCACGUGGUUCAUGCUGGCUUGCAUGUUUUUCAAUUUAUUAUCGGUCUUGCGUUGAUACUGUUCCAUCACAUCCAUCAUUAUGUAAACAGGCAACGUCAAAAAGAAGACGAGUCCGUAUCCUAUUUGCCUGAAGAGACAAAUAUAAUUUUUUUGAUCUAUCCAUUGUGCAUGCUUGCGAGCCUAACAUUCGCAGUUAUAUGGAUUUUCACAGAUAUUUUCAGCAGAAAUCCAAAAAUCGUUAGUAAUGUUAAAUUGUUAUGUAUUAUCUGUAGCGUUAUCAUUGGAUGCUUUGUAGCAGCUUCUUUAAUGUUUAUAAUCGGAGUAGUCGAAAUGAAGCACGCAGAUUGGUAUCUCGAUCUAACUAAAAUCAACGACGACGAACUGUUGGUACACCCAAUUUUUAUUCACAACUUCAUCAUGUGCUUGAUAUCGAUUUUCUGUAUGAGCAUCUACCUUAUACAAGGUUGGAUUUUGUUAGAUUAUUAUCAAUGGGUACGUUCGAAUUUCCAUCGAAUUUAGUUUAAUUUUUUAAUUAGAACAGUUCGUAAUUCAAAUCAUAAUUAAAAACAGUUACGACGUACUAAUUUUUAUAAUGUGUAACAUUUGGUAAGUUUCUUUGGUUUUUCGAUAACUAUUUUUAACUAUCCUCAGAUAAGAAAACAAGGUGGAGUUAGUGAUUUUCAGUAUACUGACUCUGAGACGGGCACCGAUGCGACACAAGGUCUUAGCAGACAAGAUGAAGGACAUAAAACAAUGAACCAUGAAACACCUGGCAAGCUGGUACCAAUUGCUACG